UUUUGUGAGUUUUUUGGUUUUGCGAAUUAUAGAAACAAUAAGAGCUAAAAAGUGAUGUUCCCGUUGCCUGGGAUUAUGGGUGCAGUGAUAGCAGCAGGGAUGGCUGUCGAUGAAAUCGAAGCAGCCAACAAUCAAUAAAUUUUCCAAGAAAAUCGAGCCCGCAAUGAAAUUGGCAGGAAUCUUCUUGAUCCAUUGGAAUCGUUAACAGAUGCAGUUUUUAGAGAGAAAUUUCGUUUAACGAAACCAAUAACAUUAUGGUUGAUAAGAAGAAUCACCCCCUUAUUGAACGAUGAAGGUGCUACGUCAACAAUCCCGAAAAGAACCCAGGUAUCAUGUCUGACAAUAUAUUGAUCACACUGCGAUUUUAUGCAUCGGGGUCUUUUCAAAUGUGCAUCGCUGAUAUGAAACUUUUUUGUGUAUCACAACCCAUUGUCAGUCGAAUAAUUGCCAAUGUAACAGAGGCAAUUGUUACAUUAACUGAUGAGUUUAUCCGAUUUCCUCAAACGCAUCAGAAAUUGGAAGAGAUUUCCCAAGGGUUCGAGGUGAAGUCAAGUUUCCCGGGAAUCAUUGGAUGUAUUGAUUGCACCCACAUUGCUUUCCAUGCACCGGUUGAGGAGCCAUGGAGUUAUCAAAACUACAAAGGUUUUUAGUCCAUUAAUGUCCAGGCAACAUGUGAUCAUAAAUUACGCAUCACAUCAAUCGAUGCAUAUCCUGGAACAGUGCACGAUGCCAGGAUAUGGCGACAAUCAUAUGUGAAAGAAGCUGUGCAAACAAUGAAUGAUGAAUAUAAUAGCAGAUACUUUUUUUUAGGUACAUGAAUUAAUCAAAAAGCUUCAGAACAAAUAAUAUUUGAUUGCAAAAUGUAAUUAUGAUGUAAUUGUGGAAAUCAACUUCAAAAAUAAUUUAUCACAGCACGAUACGGAGUUUUACCAUUUUUUCCGAAGACUUAGAUAAAUUUGGGUCGAAUAUUUUUCGGAAUUAUUCGUUAUUUCUGACUUCUAGUCGU